CUAUAUAAUUACCGAGUCAGAAUGUCGUUAUUGUCAAUAGCAAUAACAUAAACAAUCCUAGCUUUGGACCAGUCGCCUGGCAAUGAUUGUUGUGACCUUGUCUCCCGGGAUUUUCUUUGUUUUCAUAUUUAUAUCUUUAUAUCUUUGUUUUCAAAUUAAUUUUUUUUUUCUUCUUACUUUUUACUUUCCUCCCUCAUGUCAGGCAGCUGGUAUGUCGUAUAAACAAGUUGAUCUCGAGAGGACAAGGCUGAGUACAUACCACAAGUGACCUGAUUUGCUAGCGUAACGCUGUUUGUUAAUCUUUGUGGCCCCCAAGGAUGUGCGGUGAGGCAGUGAAAACAAUACAGUAAACGAUCCUAUCUAAAAUGUCA